AUGGAAAACAGCGAAAUUCAGCUUGGAGAUAAAAAUAAACAACUUGAGUUUUUAAGAAACAUAUGGAAAGCAGCAGAUUCAAAACCAAAGGUGGUUAAAUCCAAAAUUGAUACAACAGAUAAAUGUAACAUUGAUUUAAAUUCAAAGAAAACAAUACGACUGGAUAGAUAUGCAAGCCCACAUUCUGCUGAGUCACAACUGAUUACGGAUUCAGAGGAUGAAGAUUUUUUAGAGAAUAGGCAAUCCUUAUCAUAUCCCGCCAAAUCCCAUGCUGCCGAUGAUGACGACGACGAGGUAAUUCACAACAACUUCUUCGCCAGAGAUGUAACACCUCAAGUCGGACGAGAAAUCUUUACCACUUCAAGUCUACCUACUGGUCUUAUCGUCGUCGUGAACUCCGACAGAUCAAAAUCGGAAGCGAGAAAGAGUUCCGAUGAUGAAAAUCCUCCUCAAGAAGAAAUUGGUUCUGAAGAAGAUUCAACAACCACUGAGGCGUCUAAAAGUGGGUGGAAAGACAUAAAGGCCGGAAACGAUGAAUUUUCUGAUGGUGCCAACGAUGAUUAUGACAGCGACCACUACCAGACUCACUGCCACAACCAACAACAUCAUUGUCACCACCAGCACCAACACUGUCACCACAACCAUCAGGGACACCACAUUGUCUGCCGCACACAUGGCUCUAGCUAUUCAGGAAAGGAGGAAGAGAGAAAAGAGAAAUAUCCAUUUGAUUACUGCGAUGUGGAGAGAGAACCUCCCAAAAGCUUCAGGACUAUUGGAGUUUACCCAUGUGUGCAUGGAUAUGCCGAGGGAUGUGGAACGUGUCGAAAUUGCAAAACAGGAAAUAUGGUUUCCACGAUGGAGCAGCUAACUGAGACCAUUGACUGUGAAAUCCAUGAUGUGGUCCCAGAUGGCAACUGUCUCUUCCGCUCUGUUGUUGAUCAACUGAGAAUGAACGGAGAAUUCCAUUGGACAGCUAGAACUAUACGUCAUAAGGCGGUGGAAUUUUUGCGGGAAAAUCCCUGUCAUGAAGAUGGAUCUCACCUUGGGAUGUUUUUAUCCACCGAAUCCUGGGAUGGAUAUUUGUGUAGAAUGUCCAGAGACAAGGAAUGGGGCGAUCAACUUAUUUUACGAGGAAUCAGCAGUGUCCUGGGAAGAACUAUUUCGAUCAUCAGUGCGAUUGGAAGUGGCCAUAAUCAAACCACAAUCGAACCGUCUAUUCCUAGCGAUGACAUUACAAAGAAGGAACCACUGCAGUUGGGUCAUUUUGACGAGCAACAUUAUGUUAGCCUCAGGAAGAAAAACUGGUCAGAUACCUGGUUUGAAUGUGGUCGCAGAGUUAAUAAUGUCCAAAUAAAAGAUUCGGUGGUUGGUGAUGAGACGGACAACAUAGACGCAUACUUUGGAACUUCCACCGAUAUGUUCACUUCUGUACCUUUCAUUCAUCUGCAUUUCCUCAUCAACAAAACAAUCCCAACUGAGGCAUUCUCCAACGAGAAAUUUCCCUGGGCUACUGAAAAGGUUAUUGGAGAUACCUCAGAACGGUCUUCUAAAGGUUAUCACACAGCAACAGUCGGUGACAUGGAAGAGGAAUUAGAUUCCAAUCUCUCAUUUUUACCAAAAUUUGGAAUUUCUUACAACAAUAGAGACAGACCCAGCAUGUGUUUUACAGUGUUGGGCAUCAGCGACGACUGUGUCGUUUUGAACGAUAUUCAAGAGACAAGUCAGGUUGAAAACCAUUUUUGUCUAGAGCUUGAAAACAUGCCACCUUCCUUAACGAAAUUAGUAGUCAUCAAGCCCUCCUUAUAUUCGUCGACGUAUAUCAAAUUCAAGGAUCGAACUGCCUAUCUUUCAGCAAAAUAUCUUCUUCAGUACUCUUCCAAUAAAAAAGGAGUAAAACUAAUUCCAGGAAUAGAGUGUCUCAAAUGGCCAUUUGAUAUAUUAAAUUCAUGGCUAGCAAGAGAAAGACCAGCUUGUUGGCCAAAGAAAGAUAUCAUAGCUAAGGUAUCUGGAGAAAAAUGUGUUGUCGUUCCAUGCGAAUCCGCUGAUAAUUUAACUUGGAGGCUAAAUUUUAUGCUACCCAUUCGAGUUUUGGUUAAAGAAGGAACUUCUCCUCAUCAGCGUCAUUGUUACAGAGUGUUUAAACUUUUAAUUGCUAGUAUUGCUAGUACACAAAAGACCAAUUUACCCUCUUAUGCAUUGAAAUCCGUUUUCCUCUAUGCCAUGGAAAAAAUUCCUUCGGCUUUUUGGACAGACAACAAAGGCGGAUGUUUAUUAUACCUUUUAGAUAGGCUAUUAUUCUCCAUUCAUAAAAGGCAAAUGCCGGAUUAUUUUAUUCCAUCGUGGAAUUUACUUGAAGAUGUAGCAGAGGAUGAAUGUCAAAGUCUAUACUCGAGAAUUAUGGCAAUUCGACAGUUUCCGAUUAUGUCGAUAGUUUUGGUGACCGAAAAGCGUGGCUUACCAGGCAGUUCGAUUGCGGAACCACUAAUAGAUCAUAUCGAGUCCAUAAAUAGUGGGCAUUGCAUUGAAGGGUCUGAGAGAGAUGUUUUCUUCCAGAUUAGCAUUGAAGAUGUAAAAAAUAAAUUGUGGAACUAUUUCAUCAGAGAUGCUGCACACUCAUUUGUUGAGUUAUAUGAAGAAUUUCUUAGCUACAACAUAGAUGGGUCCUCAAUGGAAGAAUUUGCAUGCUCCUAUUUUCAAGAUUUGCCGAAUAGUAUGCAAUGGUGGUUUUACUUUUUCUUGGAUCAUUUUCACAAUACAAGAGCGCUUAAAUUUAUCAUGGGUUCAUAUGGUGGUACACUAGUCAGGGAUCUAUUAGGACCGAAGAGAAAGAAUGGAAAGUUUGAUGAGGUACGUAUACCUGAUCCUUUAUUACAAGAAGCAAAAUCCCACAAUGCAUUGCAGGAAGCUGACGUAGCUUUCUUACUGGAUCUCUCUAUAAAGCUAACUGUAGCCAGAGAGUAUGAUCACGGCUCCCAUUACACGAUGGAGCUCAUCCGCCUUUUGAAAGAGAAAGUCAAAGCAAUAGCGGACUUUAGCCAAGACCAAAACGAUCAGGUUCUUUAUCAAACAAACUACCAAGGCCAAAUGACGACAUUACGGUAUUACAUGGUUAUGAUGUUUUCAUUUCAACGCUUAUUUACAUGCCUCAAGCAAUUGGGUGACACUGAUCUUUUUACGGAAUAUAUUGAGGACGCUGAAAACGCAUGUGCUCUGAUUGGGAUGCCAGAUAAUUAUUACUAUCUGGCAGAGUUCUACAGAGGCUUGGGAUGCACGGAGAAAUAUCGAGAAGCCAUGAGAAUAUACAACGGUGAUUCAUCAGAUGACGUGUCGAAUGUGUAAGAAGCUGUUUUUUAACAAACAAUUAUUAACCUGUGUUUUAUCAUAACUAAAAAUUUGGAACUGUAUCAUAACAGAUGGAAAAACGAAAAAAACAAAGUUUUGAAAAAAAAAUUGUGAAAUUCUCGGUAAUUAUAUAACCCCAUAAACUUUGGACUCGGUUGAGAAUUUUUCUUCCUGUAUUAAAUAUAAAAGUCUAUUA